AUGGCACCUCCGUCAUCUCGCACUGAAGUCCUGACACACCUCAAGGAUCAGGUGAGCAAUGGGAAUCCUAUCGUCGGAGCCGGUGCUGGGACUGGUCUGUCGGCCAAAUUCAUAGAGGAAGGAGGUGCAGAUCUCAUAAUAAUUUACAAUUCCGGCAGAUUUCGAAUGGCGGGUCGAGGCUCGCUUGCAGGUCUUAUGCCCUAUGGAGAUGCCAACGCCGUUGUCGUGGAUAUGGCCAGAGAAGUGCUCCCCAUAGUGAAUAAGACUGGAGUUCUAGCUGGAGUCUGUGGCACAGAUCCUUUCCGAAUUAUGAACAAGUUUCUUGAACAAUUGAAGGGCAUGGGCUUCUGUGGCGUCCAGAACUUCCCAACCGUUGGCUUAAUUGAUGGUACAUUUCGAGCAAAUCUGGAGGAGACCGGAAUGGGGUACGAUAAGGAGGUGGACAUGAUUGCCGAAGCACAUCAGUUGGGGCUCCUUACAACCCCCUACGUAUUCAAUGUUGAUGAGGCCGAGCGCAUGACCAAGGCUGGCGCAGAUGUCCUAGUUUGCCAUAUGGGAUUGACGACAUCCGGUUCUAUUGGGGCAAAAACUGGCAAGUCAUUAGACGACUGUGUCAAACUGAUCCAAGAGAUGAGAGAUGCCGCGACCAAAGUCAACAAUGAAAUACUCGUUCUUUGCCAUGGUGGCCCAAUUGCCGAACCAAAGGAUGCUGCGUAUAUCCUCAGCCGUACCAGAGGUGUCCACGGCUUUUUCGGAGCAUCGAGUAUGGAAAGAUUGCCAGUUGAAAUUGCCAUCACCAACACGACGAGGGAAUUCAAGGAUUUGAAAAUCAACCAGUCGUGA